ACUUCUGACAGUAGCAGUAUACUUUUAAUCUGGAAACGUAGUAAUUUAUUUUUGCAAAAUUCUGCAAUGUUGAUGGUGUUUUUAGUGGAAAAAUGAAGUGAAAUCCUGCAAAUUGUUGCAACGUUUCGUUCAUAUUAAAAUGUUUCUAAGGGAAGUAUGGAAAAAUUCCCUUUAAAACGUACCUCAGCAGGCCCUCAUCCGUCUUCCAGCUAUCAAGCAGUGAGCAAAAAGUACACAAACGGGCAUCCCUUGGAGAACGGACAAAACGGUGCGCCCUCAAGAGGGUUUCCAGAUGACGAAAUGAUCGACAUCCAGACCACUAACAGCGGCGACCACAGACAUACCCGAUUGGAGGACGAUGACGGAGUUUCUCAUUACUCAGUCUCCUACAGUGGAACCACCGACACUGCGGGCGAUAUUCCAGGAAUUGGACAGUAUGAUGACUUUCACACGAUCGACUGGCAACGGGAUAUUGCCAGGGAUCGGAUGCGGCACAGGCACAUAGUGAAGAAGAAGCAGGAUUCUUUUUGGAACCUGCUGGAAGGAGCGCACGAUGCCUGGUCGGGCUGGUUGUGUGUUUUAUUGGUUGGGCUGUGUACCGGUGCAGUUGCCGGUGUGAUCGACAUCGGAGCCAGCUGGAUGACCGAUCUGAAAUUCGGGAUUUGUCCCCAAGCGUUCUGGCUGAACCGGGAACAGUGCUGUUGGUCCAACGAAACUAGCUUUGAAACUGGAAACUGCACCCAGUGGCGAACCUGGCCAGAAAUCCUCGGACAGGCCAAGUCAGGCGCCGGCCCGUACAUUAUUUCCUAUCUAAUCUACUUCACCUGGGCCCUGCUCUUUGCGGCGCUUUCAGCAUCUCUGGUGCGGAUGUUCGCCCCUUAUGCGUGCGGCUCCGGUAUUCCAGAGAUAAAAACCAUCCUGAGUGGCUUCAUCAUACGGGGCUACCUGGGCAAGUGGACCCUUUUAAUCAAAAGCGUCGGUUUAAUACUGUCGGUGUCAGCAGGCCUAAGUCUGGGCAAAGAAGGCCCCAUGGUUCACAUCGCUUGCGCUAUCGGCAAUAUUCUCUCGUACCUGUUUCCAAAGUACGGCAAAAAUGAGGCGAAAAAGCGGGAAAUCUUGUCGGCGUCUGCGGCCGCUGGAGUUUCCGUGGCCUUUGGAGCGCCCAUCGGGGGAGUGCUAUUUAGCUUGGAGGAAGUCAGUUACUACUUCCCGCUGAAAACCUUGUGGAGAUCCUUCUUUUGCGCCUUAAUAGCGGCGUUCAUCCUCAGGUCGAUUAAUCCAUUCGGAAACGAGCACUCUGUGCUGUUUUACGUGGAGUACAACAAGCCGUGGAUAUUCUUCGAGCUGAUCCCUUUCAUCGGCCUGGGAGUUAUAGGGGGCGUAAUAGCGACGAUAUUUAUCAAAGGGAACCUGUACUGGUGCCGAUACAGGAAGUACUCAAAACUGGGCCAGUAUCCAGUGACGGAAGUUCUGGUGAUUACAGCCCUGACUGCUCUGAUCGCCUUCCCCAACCCCUACACCAGAAUGAACACUAGUGAGCUGAUCUACUUGCUGUUCAGCCAAUGCGGGAUCGCAAACUCCGACCCCAUAUGCGACUACAAUAGAAAUUUCACGAACGUAAAAUCCGCCAUAGAUCUAGCAGCCGCCGGGCCAGGGGUUUAUAAUGCCAUCUGGUUGCUGAUCAUUGCGCUGAUCCUCAAGUUGGUGAUGACAAUAUUCACGUUCGGCAUGAAGGUUCCUUGUGGGCUGUUUAUCCCGUCGCUGUGCCUAGGAGCGAUUGUGGGCAGAAUUGUCGGCAUUCUCAUGGAGCAGCUCGCCUACAACUACCCGAAAAAUUGGUUCUUUAGCGGCGAAUGUUCCAGUGGAGAGGACUGCAUCACGCCCGGCUUAUAUGCAAUGGUGGGUGCUGCAGCAGUUUUGGGCGGCGUCACCCGGAUGACUGUCUCUUUAGUGGUGAUCAUGUUCGAAUUAACCGGCGGGGUGCGUUAUAUUGUGCCCCUAAUGGCCGCCGCUAUGGCCAGCAAGUGGGUUGGAGACGCGCUGGGUCGCCAGGGAAUUUACGACGCUCACAUCGCCCUAAACGGUUAUCCUUUCCUGGAUUCAAAGGACGAGUUCCAACAUACCAGUCUGGCUGCCGAUGUGAUGCAACCGAAACGCAAUGAAACUUUGAGUGUGAUAACUCAGGAUUCGCUCACAGUGGACGACAUCGAGGCCCUGCUAAAGGACACUGAACACAACGGUUAUCCAGUCGUGGUGUCCAGAGAUUCGCAAUAUCUGGUUGGGUUUGUGCUGAGGAAAGAUCUCAACUUGGCCAUCGCCAAUGCAAAGCGGAUGGUGGAUGGAAUCUGCGGCCAAUCGCUAGUGCUCUUCACCAGCGGCAACCCGCCUCAAACGCUGGGACCGCCGCCGCUUAAAUUGAAGAAAAUCCUGGAUAUGGCGCCGAUCACCAUUACGGAUCAGACGCCUAUGGAAACGGUAGUGGAUAUGUUCAGAAAAUUGGGGCUGCGCCAGACUCUAGUCACACACAAUGGGAGAUUAUUAGGUGUAAUAACGAAAAAGGACGUGCUGCGCCACAUAAAACAAAUGGACAAUGAAGACCCGAACUCCGUUCUAUUUAAUUAAGUUCUUUAAUUAUUCUAAUAGUGAUUCUAAUUCCCCCACAUUACUUAUUCAGUCCUUAAUUUUAGUUCAAUUAACUCCUUUAUAGUAUUUAUUUUAUUGAUGCGUUGUCGGCUUUAGCAGGUGAGAUUAGUUAUUGUUUAGUUAUUAUUGAGAUGCUGCAGUCGCAGACUGGGCCCUGUUUGGAUUUAUUGUGUAUUUUUACUUCGCCUUGAGGGUGGCCCCGUUUUUCAACUUUUGGCUGGUUGUUUAUCAGAAACGCUUAACUUAUUUAACUAGUGUGUUUCAUAUGGACUUGGACACAUACAAACAUCUAUUUGGUGAUCGUUGGGAACUACUAAAAGUACUUUUGAAGGUCCGUGUCUUCCCCCUGGGUCAAUUCUUCAGUCGAAAGCCAAACCCUUAUAGAAAUCUCCUACAUUAUGUAUAUAAGUGAUUGUGUCUGAUUGUACUAUUGCAGCACUGUUAUGAAAUUGAUAUAAACCACACGAUGUAUAUUUUUAUGUAUAUGUUAUUUGUAAUGGAAUCGAAUGCUCAUGUUCAUUCAAGGAAUGUAAAUGUUUUUACAAGCA